AAUCAGCUUUUUAACAUCUAUUCAUAUAUUCAUAAAAACAUUUUAUAGUAUAAUAGUACAUUUCUCAGAUUUAACAGUAACUUGAGGAGUUAUAAGUUUUUCUGUUUCAAGGUUCAGUUUUGUUUAUAUUUGUGUAUAACCACAUAUAAGUUCCAGAUUGUACUUCAGCAAAAUGCCAAGAAAAAGUCAAAGGUCGCAGUCCCAGAAGCUUAGAUGGCAAAAGCAGAAAGAACAGGUGAAUGUUUCUCAGAGCAGUGAGCAGGUAAAGGUGUGUGUUUCAGCUUUUCCCAGCACAGAAGUGCAGAGCAGUGUUCAGACAGCCACAGUGUCUUAUGCAGAUGUGGUAAAGAGAAGUGUUCCCUCAGUGUCUGUCCCAGAGCCUGAAGUUAUGCAGGUAAUCCAGACUGAACCCCAGCUAACUGUACAAACACAGCAUGAUGGAAAGACAGCCACAGUGUCUUAUGCAGAUGUGGUAAAAAGAAGUGUUCCCUCAGUGUCUGUCCCAGAGCCUGAAGUUAUGCAGGUAAUCCAGACUGAACCCCAGCUAACUGCACAAACACAGCAUGAUGGACAAGCUCCAGGACAGUCUCAUGUACAGGUUACAAACAGUGAAAGUCCACGAGUGAGUAGCGUCUGUGCUUCCCGAAGCCAGGCUUCUCCUAGGUAUGGAAAGUACCGGAAUCAGCAAUGCAUGGCUAACAGUUUGGUUUUCCUGUCAUUCUUACAGGAGGAUGAAUUUAUUACCAGAGCAGAUCUAAACCGUGUGUUGGACAAAGGCCAUGCCGUCUAUUCAGAUGCCAGACUGAGAUCACUUUCCGAGCCUUGAACAGGGAUUACAGUGUUUGGCUUCAGACAUUCGCUACGCUUUGCUAGUCAUGGGAGGAACAGUCAUCGCUGUUAGCAGGCUGACUUCAGGUGAAUAUGCAUAUUUUGACCCUCACCCACGUAAGUCUACUGGUAUGCCAUUGUCGCCAAGUGUA